GGCGGAGGUCAGCCGUUGGCUGGGAGUGAGAGCAUUCAGGAUUUCUGUCCUCUCUUCACCUAAAGUUUAUCACACCGCUGGUGUUGUUGAAGCGCUUGCAACUGCUGUCUCGUCAGCACCUGACAGUGCGGAAUAUGAACACCUCACGGAACUGUCAAAACCUGAGAUACACCGGCGACAGCCGGCGAAGAGGGGUGAGCAACCAAGUUUAGAGGACUUUGAAAACACUGUUUAUGGAAGAGGGCUUACUGAAGUAUAUUAUAGCGGCAAUCACGAACAUGGACCCGAGAGUUCGUCGGCUGUGUCUCUGCCUCGAGAUUUUACCGGAUACUGUGUGGUAUUUUUAGACGAGAGAGGUCAAAGUCUUGAGAGGUCUAGCGCGGGCAUGAUCGCCUGGCAGCUAAUCGCGGAUCACAUAGUUCUGUCCGGAGCGUGCAUAUUUGGGCUGGCGGACAACUACUGAGGGCGAGACUGAACGGCAGAAUGCAUCCGUUGCACCAGCUCAGAAUGUACCGCACUUUAGCGCUGCAGACAGACCCACAGUCCAAACUGCUCAAUUCUCAAACUUCACUGUGGCCCGUCCACCACUGGCCUGGGGCUCGAGCCUACAGCUGGAAGAAGGAUGACCAGUCCUCCCCCCCACUGUUCCGGAGCAGAACCGCCUACUACGACAUCCUGCAUGUGUCCCCUAACGCCACGCAGUCGCAGAUCAAAACUGCCUACUACAAGCAGUCCUUCCUCUACCACCCGGACAAGAACGCGGGCAGCGAGGAGGCCACCCGGCGCUUCGCCCAGAUCAGCGAGGCGUACAUGGUCCUGGGCAGCAAGUGGCUGCGGAGGAAGUACGACAACAACAUCCUUAGCCAAGCGGACCUGCAGAGCGGCGGCCGAGCAGCGUCCAGAGACCCCGCGACCGUGCGGCCCUCCAGCCACCACCAGCAGCAGCAGCGGACGCGCAGCAACACCAACGCGUACGCGGGCGGCAGGGUCCACUACGACUUUGACGAGUUCUACCGGGCGCACUACGGCGAGCAGCUGCAGCGGGAGCAGGAUGCACGCAAGCGCAAGGAGGCGCUCAGGAAGCUGCGGCAGGAGGAGUUCAGGAAGUUCCGGCGGAAGAGGAUGGCCGAGGUGUCCGUCUCCGUCCUGCUGACAGUGGCCGGCAUCAUUCUGUUCAGUCUGAUCGAGUCUUGAGCUCAGGGGGUUCUGGGACUGUGUGUGUGUGUGUGUGAGUAAGAGAGAGAUAAGUGGUUGUGAGAUUCCAGGACUACAGGUGAACUUUUGAAUCCCGCUUACUGAAGGAUCUAUGUGUGUGUGUGGGAGCAGCUAGGCUGAGAGACGCCCCUCGAGCAUUACUGAGGGCCGGACUAUCAAGGGGUCCAUCAGAGUGGCUUGUAUGUGGCUAACACGCACACACGCAUACACACACCCACACACAACAACACUGCUAUUCUGUGUGAGUACCUCUCAGCUCCAUACUGUAUGUGCUCCUGUGUUGCUCCUGUCUGCUAGACUGGAGUGUUUUGGGUCCCCCAGUGUGUGUGUGUGUGUGUGUGUGUGUGUGUGUUUUGGGUCCCCCAGUGGGUCAGGUGGCCUUGACCACUGCGCAGCUGAAACUCAGAACUCAGACACACACACUCACAAACACGCCAAUGUCAUGCACAGGGGUCCCAUGUGUCCAUAUGUUGUGCUGAGACCAGUUAUUAAACCUGCAGCUGAGAAUGACAA